CACCACCACACCACAUCACCCAUACCGCAGUCGCUCUUCUCCUCUUAGGAGCUGCUGGUUCGCCUCCCCAUCGCCCCCUCCAUCAUCAUCCGUCCAUCUCCAUCCUCAUCCCUCAUUGCCUUCUCUUCCUGUCCGACAUCUGCCAGCCUCUUGCCUUGUUUCGCACACUCCUUGGUCCGCCCAGAGCUCGCUUGAUCCAGACGAUUCCACCCUCCUUUUGGCAAAAAUCUGUCCCGCCGAGCUCUGGCUUUGCAGCUGUUCCCAGCUUCUCCCCUCCCAGCCAGCUCCCACCCGAGCCACCUGUCCCCAAAAGGCCAGUCGGCAUCGUCGUCGCCACACAGAGCAGCAUCGCACAUCGACCCCAUCGCCGACAACGCGACCUCCCCAAAUACUCUCGACAGCACCCGACGUGCCGCAUCUAUCCUAUUGCCCUGCCUCUGCGUCCGCCUUGACUGCUCGUCAUGGACCAGCAGCAGCAGCAGCAGCAACCGCAGCCGCAGCAGCCGCAGCAGCAGCAGGCUCAGCAGCAGCAGCAGCAGCCGACAGGCGGCGUCCAUGGACCUGCUGGACGCAGACUGCACAUUGCUCAUCGGCGUAGCCCAUCGGAGCUGACGCCCCUGAUGAGCAUGUUUGCCAACCCAGGAAUGGAACAGUUGGCCAUCCAGCAGCAGAUCGAGCUGUUGCAGCAGCAGCAGCAGCAGAUCCAAGCGACGCACCAGCAAUACGUCAACAUGGGCAUGAUGCCCCCCGGCCAGCCCCUUGGCCAUAACGGGGCUUUCAAUCCUUUGCAACCCAUGGGUACCAUGGGCCAGAACGCAUUCCAAUUCCCCAACCAGAUGCAGCCGCAGAACUUGGGCCCUCCUGCUCAGCCUCUAUCACAUCGCCGUAAUCAGUCGGCACUGCCCAACAUGGGCAUGGGACCCCCUCCGGCGCCAUCGUCUGGUGCUUCCGGAUCCACCUUCGGUAACUUUGAGGCCCCCGGAGCCGUUCACGGCCGUGAGAACGCCGGUGGUCGUGGCGGCCGAGGUGGCGGCAGCUCCGGCUCUGGUCACCAGCGCAGGCACUCGCUGGCGCUCGCCGAUGCCAAGAAGGCCGCCGAAAUCGCACAGCAGAAGCGAACGACGACGGGAUUCCAGUUCCCAGCUGCCCCGAACCCCGACAAGCCCGACGAUGAGAAUAGCAAGGCGCCCGCAAGCCAGCCCAGCCUGGACGCGUCAGUUGCCCAGGGCUCCUCCCGUGGGCGUGGAGGCCACGGCCGGAGCCAGAGCAUGGCUGUGAACGGCCGAGGUGGUUCGCGCCUGGGCGGCGAGGGCGACUUUCAACGCCGUGGAGGCGGCUUGGGGCAUGCCCGCUCUGGAUCUCGAAACUUUGAGGGUAACUGGCGCACCCAAAACCAGAACCAAGACCAGUCCGGGAACGCGGGCCAAGCUUCGUCCUUCCAGCCUGGCCACAGGCCCCGGGGCUCCAUGAAUCAAUCCGUGUCUUCCAUUGGGGCCUUCCAGUACAACCCCAACCAACCACAGCUUAUGCAGCUCCCCGGGCAGAUGAUGAUGCCUCAGAUGUAUGGUCAGCAGCUUAACCCGAUGCAGCUUACCCAACUUCAGGCGCUCCAGGCCGCUCAGAUGAACGGGCAGGGCUUCCAGGGACUGGCCAGCUCUCAGCAUGCUGGCGGCCAGCUUGGCGGCCAGCUUGGCGGCCAGCAGCAGCAGCAGCAGCAGCAACGGAAGACUCUCUUCACGCCGUAUCUUCCGCAGGCAUCUCUUCCGGCCCUCCUUGGAGACGGUCAACUUGUCUCUGGUAUCCUCCGUGUCAAUAAGAAGAAUCGUAGCGACGCAUACGUCACCACUCAGGACGGUCUUUUGGACGCUGAUAUCUUCAUUUGUGGCAGCAAGGAUCGUAAUCGCGCUCUCGAAGGCGACCUGGUUGCGAUCGAGCUCCUGGACGUCGACGAAGUCUGGUCGCAGAAGAGGGAAAAGGAGGAGAAGAAAAAGCGCAAGGACAUUACGGACACGCGCUCGGGCUCCAUCAACCAAGGUAGCCAGAACUCUGGGCAGAACGAUGACGGUAAUGCUGGCGAGGGCGGCAUCCGCAGAUGUGGUAGCCUGCGCCAGCGACCCACUCAGAAGAAGAACGACGACGUCGAGGUUGAGGGCCAGAGCUUGCUUCUCGUUGAAGAAGAGGAAAUCAAUGAUGAACAGAAGCCCCUUUAUGCCGGUCAUGUCGUUGCCGUCAUCGAGCGAGUGGCCGGCCAGAUGUUCUCCGGGACCCUGGGCCUGCUGCGGCCCAGCAGCCAGGCGACCAAGGAGAAGCAAGAAGCGGAGCGAGCGGCCCGGGACGGCGGCAACAGUCGCCAGAACGACAACCGACAGCAAGAGAAGCCCAAGAUUGUUUGGUUCAAGCCUACGGACAAGCGAGUCCCGUUGAUUGCUAUCCCAACGGAGCAAGCCCCUCGCGACUUCGUGGAGAAGCACCAGGACUAUGCCGAUCGCAUCUUUGUCGCCUGCAUCAAGCGGUGGCCCAUUACCUCGCUCCACCCUUUCGGUACCCUUGUGGAACAGCUGGGCCGCAUGGGCGACCUCAAGGUGGAGACCGAUGCUCUUUUGCGCGACAACAACUUCUCGUCCGACGAGUUCUCUGACGCCGUCCUGCGUAGCGUCGGGCUCCAGGACUGGUCAUUGGCCAAGGAGGACGAAUCCGCGGUUACGUCUCGCCGUGAUUUCCGCGAGGAACAAACAUUCACGAUUGAUUACAACGGCGGUGCUGAGCUCGGCAAUGCCUUCCACGUCAAGACUAGGCCUGACGGGAAAAUCGAAAUUGGUGUCCACGUUCCAGAUGUGGCUCACUUCGUCAAGCCAAACUCACUGGUGGACCGCGAGGCCAAGAAGCGCGGAACCUCUGUGCAACUCCUCAACCGCUUCUGCCCCUUGCUUCCAAGCAAGCUUGCAGCCGAGGUCUGCUCCCUCACUCCUGGCCAGGAGCGGCUGACGGUCAGCGUCGUCUUCAGUGUAAACCCUCACACCGGAGCUGUCGCCGACGGCGACAGCUGGGUCGGUCGCAGCAUUAUCAAGAGUGCCGGCAGAGUCUCGCUGGCGGACAUUGACAGCGCUCUCAGUGAUCCUUCGUCCUUCAAAGGCGAGACUGCCCCCCUCAACACGAUACAGAUCCUUCAAGGUGUUGCGCAAAAGUUCCGCGAGACUCGUCUUGGUGCUGGAGGGGAGCCAAUUGCUCCCCUGCGCCUGCUGCAGCAGACGGAUGACGAGAACAACCCUGUGCAGGACAACAUCUUCGAUUCCACCCAGGGUCUGGAGCUCGUGGAGGAGUUGAUGCACAAGACCAACGCUUAUGUGGCUCAGCGUCUUGCCGAGGGCCUUCCGGAGAAGGCACUUCUCCGUCGCCAGUCUGCACCUAACCCUCGUCGGCUGCAAACAUUUGUCGAGCGCAUGACUGCUCUCGGUUACGACAUUGACGCCUCUGGAAGCGGCGCGCUCCAGAACAGCCUGUUCAAAGUGGACGACUCGGACCUACGCAAGGGCAUGGAGACGCUGCUGCUCAAGUCCAUGCAGCGUGCCAAGUACUUCAUCGCGGGCAAGACUACCAAGCCGCUUUGGCCUCAUUACUCCCUCAACCAACCGCUCUAUACCCACUUCACUUCGCCCACGCGCCGUUAUGCCGACAUCAUCGUCCACCGUCAGCUCGAGGCCGUUCUCUCCGAAGGCAAGGUGGAGUUUACGGACGACAUGGAAAACCUCGUCAAGACAGUCGAGUCGUGCAACACGAAGAAGGACUCUGCCCAAAACGCACAAGAGCAGAGCAUCCAUAUCGAGUCUUGCCGAACGAUGGACAAGAAGCGUCAGGAGGCCAACGGCGAUCUCAUCGCCGAGGGCAUUGUGCUCUGCGUGUACGAAUCGGCGUUUGAUGUCCUGAUCCCGGAGUGGGGCUUUGAGAAGCGCGUGCACUGCGACCAGCUGCCGCUCAAGAAGGCUGAAUUCCGAAAGGAGAAGCGAGUGCUUGAGCUUUACUGGGAGAAGGGCGUGCCAAGCUCCGCGUACGUUCCGGAGGACGAGCGACCCAAGGCCGCGGCCUCUCAGAGGAUGACCAACGCGAUGGUGGCAGCCAGGCAGGCGGAGGAAGCGGAGCGCGCCAAGAAGGAGCGUGAGGAGGCGGCUCGAAAGCAGACCGAGACUGGCACCAUCUCGACUGACGAUGUCGACGCCCUGUUCGACGACGACGACGACAACACGUCGGACGUGACGGAGGCAAUGGCCGGAGCCUCGCUGGCGGAGCGGCCCACGCAGAGCGUGCCUGGAUCGCCGGCACGCACACCGUCGACCGCCGGAACCCUGCACCGAACGCGCUCCGAUUCCAAGGUGCCCGUUUCCGAGACUGUCGAGGCUCGUCUUACCAACAAGGAAAAGUACCUCAAGCUGUUCAAGUUGCGCGAGGAAGGGGGUGACUACAUUCAGGAUGUGACUGAGAUGACGAGAGUUCCAAUCAUCUUGAAGACGGACCUCAGCAAAAGCCCUCCCUGCUUGACUAUUCGGUGUCUGAACCCAUACGCUCUGUAAUUGGCAACUUGGUUGUCAAUUCCGUGGCUUGUUGGAGGGAGUUGGGAGACGUAUGAGAACGUGAUACGGCAUAGGAUGUGCAGUUGGGGGAAGGAGAUUGGGGGUCAGGGGCGUGAGUACAGUUGGUGAUGACCACGGGCGCGGGCUUCCAAAGCCGUGAUGUUGUGGGCGUCGAUAGCAGAAGAUGUGUGGUAUAUACCUUUAAUAUCAAUGUGGCAGAUGAGGUGUGCGAGCCAGUCGCCGGAGAGGAAUUGAGGACAUGGGGGGGGAAGGGCAGAAAGGACAAAACAGCAUGGGAUAAAGUUGAAGUAGCGAAAAUUGAUGGGAUGAAACUGGGCAAUGUGCAGCUGGUCGUGGAGUUGGAAUGCGUCUGGAGUGGAUUUUGCCGACGACGGACGGCAGCUCGGUUAGAUUGUUUGAUGAGCAUCUUGACACGAAUGGCGCUCACGAGCGGAGCCAAGGAGCGGACGUGGCUGUCGCAACAAGGCAAAGAAACCGAGGGCUCCCUCACGUACAGAGCAGAGGGAGGCCCUUCGACCAGGUACUUCUUGUCCAUUGUAGUGUGCUUACAGGUCUUGGUAUUAGUGGUACAUUCAAGAGUUUGACGUGUGAUUCGCCUGAGGCGAUGGAUGGACGUGGAAAUGAUGCGGGCUAAGAUGGGCGAGAAAGAAAACGGGUCAAGGGUGAUGGGGUUCUUCGUUUCUUGCCAUCCAGGCCUUUGUUUACUCUGAUGAUGAUGAGGCCGGGCCUUGCUGCACCAGCGCCGCCGAAGCGAGUCGAUCAGAC